GCUCUGGACUCUGCUUCUGUUCCUCUUGAAGAAAGAGGUUCACUGCUGCAGCAGCAAAUUGGUUGGAUCUCCAGAGAACACAAUGGCGAGACUCCUCUCAGCUCUGGGCGUUCUGCUCGUUCUGCAUGUCGCCUCAUCCGCUAAACUGGUGUGCCACAUGACCAACUGGGCCCAGUACAGACCCAGCAGUGCGAAAUUCACCCCAGACAACAUCGACCCCUUCCUGUGCACACACGUCAUCUACGCUCUGGCAACCAUCAACAGCUUCAACCAGAUCCACCCCAUCGAGUGGAACGAUGAGCAGCAGUACAGCAGGCUCAACAACCUCAGGAAUGUCAAUCCUGCACUGAAAACUCUACUGUCUGUUGGUGGCACAGUCAAUGGAAUAAGCCCAUUCAUCGCCAUGGUUGCCAGGCCCGAGGGUCGUGCAGCCUUCAUCAGGUCGGCCAUCAGCUUCCUGCGCACCCAUAACUUUGACGGGCUGAACCUGGCCUGGGAAUAUCCUGGACACAAUGGCAGCCCACGGGAGGACAAGGAGAAGUUCACCCUGCUGGUCACGGAGCUGUCCAAGGCCUUUGAGGAUGAUGCCAGAGACAACAGGAAAACUCAGCUGCUGCUGUCCGCCAAUGUUGCUGCUUUCCGUCCCAACAUCGACAGAGCCUAUGAGGUCAACAAGAUUGCACCACACCUUGACUUCAUCAACGUCAUGACCUAUGACUUCCAUGGAUCCUGGGAGGCAGUUACUGGACACAACAGCCCACUGUACCGCAGCUCUGUGGACUCCGGCUCGCACAUUCAUCACAAUAUCAACUCCUCUGUAUCCUACUGGCUGGCUCUGGGAGCCCCAGCUGAGAAGCUGCUGCUGGGUUUCCCCACCUACGGACGAACCUACCGCCUUAGCAGCGCAGUUACCGUCCUAGGAGCACCGGCUAAUGGCCCCGCAGACGCCGGACCCUACACUCGCACUGCUGGCUUCUGGGCAUACUAUGAGAUCUGUGACUUCACAUCCAGUGCAACUCUUGGAUGGAUCUCUGAACAGGAGGUUCCUUAUGCUUCUUAUGGCAGUUCCUGGGUGGGCUAUGAUGAC